GCACUCACUCGGCAUGCAUUCCUCAAGCUUCCUCCCUCUUGCAGCCCUCGUCGCCGCCGCUUCCGUUGCGGCAGCACGUCAGUUGAUGACUACAUGCUCGCGUCCCGCAGCGACGCCGACAUGUCCUUGUCCGCGCGCGAUCUCGAGCUCCUCGACUACCUCGUAGCCCGGAGCGACGCCGACCUCUCCCUGUCCGCGCGCGAGAGCUUCGACAUCGUCGACCUCCUCCGCCGGGAGUACCUCCCGGCCGAGCUCAUCGCUCGAGGUGCGCUCGACCAGCCCCAGCGCGAGAGCUUCAAGACAUUUGAGGAGUACGAGAAGGCGUGGAUGCAGUGGAACAGGCGGAACAUGAAGAUGGAUAAGUCGAUCCAGAAGGCGCUCAAGAAUAAUGCCAAGACGUACGAGAAGCAGCAGAAGGGGUCGAAGGGGAUACUGGGGAAGUUGUUCGGGAAGAAGAAGCAAUAGGGGACGUAGCUGAAAGGCGGAUCAUCCGGGAUGGUGCUUUCCUUACUCUCGCGCGUCGCGCAGAACCUGCAGCAAUGGACAACUCGCACGUUUCUAUUGUGCAGCGUUCCGCACACGAUGUGGGCGCAUGAUCUGUAUUACAUCACAAAAAAGGU